AUGAAGCCACAUGUGGCAGAGGAACCUCAGACUCCGCCUCCUGCUCCUCCAACCCCAUCGGAUAACGGGACACAGCCAGCUUUACAGGCUGGCAUCCCAGUCUCUGCUGAAUCUGCUGAAACCCUCAUAACCGAACCAAGUGACCCGACAAGUGAGGCAGUGGUGAUGGAGGAUCCUGAACAAUCCGAAUCCGCCGCCUCCAUUGACGUCACCAUCACCCCUGAGAAUGAGGACGAUGCCAGGGGGGGCGCAGGUUCUGCAGGUGACGUUCCUUUAAUGUCUGAGGUUUGCGGUGAAAACGCCUCUGUUUCUAGUCCUGACUCCUCCGCCUUGGUAGUGAAACCUGAAGAGGACGCUGAUAAACUUCCUCAGAUUAAUGAGCAAGUGUUUAAGGUCCUGACAGCAGCUGUUCGCCAGCACAGACUCACUAAAGGUAACGGAUCCCAACCCACUUCGCGGUCCAGUCCUCUUGUGUCCGCUGCUUCCAGUCCCAGAGACAAUGUUGCAGAUCCUUCUGGGAUUAACAAAAGCUCUUUGGAAGUUCUCCAGCACAGGAUGGUCAAGGGUAGCAGCUCAGACAGUACAGAGAAGGAGGAUCAAGUUUCUGAGGAAGCUGAUCUCAGCGCAGACUAUGUUUCUUCAGACUACUUCAACAUGGAGGACUUUGUUACAGUUGAUGAAGUCUGUGAUGAUGGUGGCGACACAAGCCCACAGCCCCACCACUCACCAGAGAGCUCUUCUAAGCAGUCCUCAGAAACGAAAAGAGAAGGGGACAAAGAAAGGCAAGGCUCCAGUCAUCAUCUGACACCAGACGGAGUUCACCAAGGUCCUCAAAAGACUCAAAGCGCUCUGCCUCGUCCUCUUCAUCCUCCUCAUCCAGGUCGACCAAAGAGCACUUUAAAAGCCCUCUUCUAG